AACCAAAAGCGUCUUUUUUUUUUCUAUUUAAAAAUCGGAUACUUCCCCAUCAGAUACAUGGUCUCGGUGGAGACAACUAGAAAACCAAAUUUGGUACAUGUAAAUUGCGUGAAGACAGUAGAGAGCAGCAGCAAAACCCUCCUCCUCCUCUUCUACCAUGUCUGGUCUGUAUAAUCCCAGCUACUCACCUUCUAGAGCCGCUUCUCCCCAGAUUAGAACCUCCUCCGAUGUUGACAGUCAAUACUUAUCUCAGUUGCUAGCUGAGCAUCAAAAGCUUGGACCUUUCAUGCAAGUCUUGCCCAUAUGUAGCCGUCUCUUAAACCAAGAGAUCUUCAGGGUUAGUGGAAUGAUGUCCAACCAAGGGUUUACUGAUUUUGAUCGGCUGAGGCAUCGGAGUCCUAGUCCAAUGGCUUCACCAAAUCAUAUGUCUAAUGUUCCUGGUGCUGGAUAUGGUGGUUGGAAUGGUCUUCCACCAGAGAGAAUGGUUGGUCCUCAUGGAAUGGCAAUGGAGUGGCAAGGUGCACCUGCUAGCCCAAGCGCAUACACAGUGAAGCGUAUCCUGCGUUUAGAUCUUCCAGUUGAUACAUUUCCUAAUUUCAAUUUUGUUGGAAGGCUUCUGGGACCUAGAGGGAACUCGCUGAAGCGUGUGGAAGCAACAACCGGUUGCCGUGUGUUUAUUAGAGGGAAAGGAUCAAUUAAGGACCCUGACAAAGAAGAGAAACUGAAAGGGAAGCCUGGCUAUGAGCAUCUCAAUGAGCAGCUCCAUAUCCUCAUUGAGGCUGAUCUUCCUGCCGAUAUUGUCGAUAUAAAGCUGCGACAAGCCCAAGAGAUCAUCGAGGAGUUGGUAAAACCUGUGGAUGAGUCACAGGACUACAUCAAGAGGCAGCAACUACGAGAGCUCGCAUUGCUGAACUCAAACUUGAGAGAAAACAGUCCAGGUCCAAGCGGUAGCGUCUCUCCAUUCAAUUCAAACGCAAUGAAACGUCCAAAAACAGGACGCUAAGAGUGCACGAGGUACCAUCAAGCAUGUGUAUAUGUGUAUAACCAAGCCUAAUGGUGUUUUGUUUAUGUAACGUCUACUCUUGGUUCUUCUGCUUUUAUACCUCUCUCUGAUCCACACCAGUGAUGAUUCUCAAAGCACAAAGCACCAAGAGAAGUACCAGUGAUGAAAGUAGCGUGAUGAAGCAUUUGUAACCAUUAAGAUUUUAGAUUGUUUUUGGGAUUAUUUAUUCAUGUGUUGUGUGAGUUGUUGUAGUAUUGACAUCUAAUUACAUUAUAUUCGUGUUUUGAGCAGCAAUAAGUUAUGUCUUUUAUAGGAAA